UACAAAUCAGGAUUUUCUUUUUUUACAUCAAAAAUUGGUCAGUUUACACUCAUCUAUUUGUGUACCAGGGGCUAGAGGAACAGUCUAGAAACCAUUAGCCAUAUAAGUGACAGACCAGCAGCUGAGAAUAGCAGGAAUACCGUCGAAAAUGGCUGAUUGGUCAGCAAGCAACAGGUUUAAUUUCUCUUUACACAACAGUUAAUUCUGGUCCACUAAUGUGAUUGGUCGAGCAGAGUUCCAAGAGUGCCUAUAUUUCCUAUAACCGCACUGGGACAUUUCGCUGUGUGCGUCACUCUGCUUGUCUGUGUUCACCAUGUACAAUUCCACUUACUAGUUUGAAACCUUUACGACAGUAGUGUUAGCGACAUCAUCAGAGGACAUGGCAAAGGAUAUUUUCAGGAAUAGAACUAUAACAAACUAAACAAACAUGUUAAAGCUUUUCGUUUAGUUCUGUGUAAACUGCUGAGAAGUGAGUGUGUGAACUUGAACACAGUGGAGACAUGAGCGUUCUGUUAAACACUAAACUAUGUGGUUUUCCUGUGGCUUAAAUGACCUGCUUCCUCAGUUUGUUACUUUUGAGACAAGCGUUUCGAUGCUUUCACUUCAUCCAGUGGUUGUGAAAUGGAGCUGCUCGUCCUCCUGUUCUUCUUCCAUCUGAUUCUGGACAUUAACUCUCAAAAUGUUCCUCAGCCCCGGCUGCUCAUGUCUCCUGAAGUUAUUACAGAGAGAGGAUCAGUGCAGCUUCACUGUGAUGUUCCACGCGAUGUUAAAGUGCAUCAGUGUUAUUUCUACCCAGAGGGAGAAAACACAAAUACAAAACUCUCUCCAUCAUGUCAGCUCUCACUCACUGGUUCUGAACUGAUCAGGUGGACACGACGCAGGUCUCCUGGAACACUUCAUAUUAUUUGUUAUUACACUGUGGAUUACUCUGUUAAGACUCCUUCUCCUCACUCUCUCCCAGCUCCAGUCACAGUGCUGAAUCAGAAACCAAAGCUAAGCAUCAGUCAUGAUGAUCAGUUUGAUGAAUUCACACUUUCAUGUGAAAUACCAGGGUCAGAGUCAGUAACUGCUGAUUUUAGCUGUAAUCUCUACACUGGAGAAAAUCCUCAGCCUUGGCAACACCAAAGAUCUCAAAAGACAAGAUCUGGGAAGGUGCUUUGUAUUUUUAAAGCACAGAGAAAUGAAGUGUUGAAUCGUCUGCAGUCAGUAAAGAGGCGUGAAGUGAGCUGUGAUUAUUCACUGACCUCUGACCCGACUGCUCGCUCUCUAAUGAGUGAUAAAUACAGUCUGAUACCUUUCUUUCCUACACCAACACAGCCGUCCGUCACUGCUGAGAAAUCUACUGCAUAUGUUCCUCAGCCUCGGCUGCUCGUGUCUCCUGAAGUUAUCACAGAGAGAGGAUCAGUGAAGCUUCGCUGUGAUGUUCCUCACAGUGUUAAAGUGUCUCAGUGUUAUUUCUACCCAGAGGGAGACUACAGAAAGCUAAAACACUCUCCAUCAUGUCAGCUCUCACUCACUGGUUCUGAACUGAUCAGGUGGACACGACGCAGGUCUCCUGGAACACUUCAUAUUAUUUGUUUUUACUCUGUGGAUUACUCUGAUCGUACUCCUUCUCCUCACUCUCUCCCAGCUCCAGUCACAGUGCUGAGUAAGCGCUACAUUACAAAUCAGAAACCGAUACUAACCAUCAGUCAUGAUCAUCAGCUUGAUGAAUUCAGAUUUGAAUGUGAAAUACCAGGGUCAGAGUCAGUAACUGCUAAUUUUAGCUGUAAUCUCUACACUGGAGAAAUUCCUCAGCCUUAUGUAAAAAUAUUCUUUCAAAAGAGAGAAUCUGGGAAGGUGCUUUGUAUUUUUAAAGCACUGGGAGAUGAUCUGUCCAGACGUCUGCAGUCAGUAAAGAAGCAUGAAGUGAGCUGUGAUUAUUCACUGACCUCUGACCCGACUGCUCGCUCUCUAAUGAGUGAUAAAUACAGUCUGAUACCUUUCUUUCCUACACCAACACAGCCGUCCGUCACUACUGAGAAAUCUACUGCAUAUUUCUUAACUGAAACAACACAGCUGCUCACAACUGAAAAAUCCACUUCUGAUUUGAGUCUGGUAACGACACCAACAUCUGUAUCUGCAGCUUCUUCAGUUCUUUCAACUCAUCUGAAAACCACAAGACACACAACAAUGUCAUCCACAACUAAAGAGAAAACUACUUCAGAGUUGUGUACUGUAUCAUUAUCGCAAACCACAACUAAAGACAAAUCUACUACAGCUUUUCCAGUUUCUGAUUCUCAUGUAAACACCACAAGAGGCCCAAAAACUAGUGAAAAACCCAACACAACCGAUCAGACAGAUUUUCCUAAAACAGGUUCUCCUGAGAAGCUUCAUUUUUCAUCAGUGUGGAGAGUUACAUUACUGUGUGUGCUUGUGGCUGGAGGUUUACUGACUGGAUUCAGUAUCUGCAUCUUCCUCAGGAUAGACAGAAGAGGAAGGUGAGAAACUUCCGCCAUUUAUUUCCAAGCCUUUCUACUUUGGCACAAAAUGAAUAUAAAGUGUGCUGAAACGUAUCCAUGUACACGACUAACUGUUAAAAUGUCUGUCGUUUCCUGCUGGCGUUUCUCUGCUCUCCUUUUGGAUGGACAGAUUUAAAGGUGAGCUUUCAUCAGCUUUUUAACACUGAAUCCACUUCCACACCCGCACUAAUGUGUGUAUUUGUAUCACUGCCGGUGUGAAGGAAACACACUUUUACACAGACCUGCUGCAGUUCUGUACGCUCUCGGUGUCGACUGAGCUGGAACUAUCUUCACUAAAGUAGCUAGCUAACGGACAUUAGCUUCUUCUAAUGCAAUAGACGUCUCAUAGUCUUAGCUAAGGCUGAGCUAGUCAGCUAUAAAGCACCGUAAUGCACUUAUGAUCAGACACAAGCAUUCAUAAACUUUAUUACAAUAUUUAACUAUGCUUUUUUUUCCAUCUAAUGAUCUAUAUUGUAUAUUAUAUUGUUGUUGUAGCUUGUUUGCUAGCCUGUCUUCAUUGGUUACAUAAUGUUAGCUAGCAGAUUAGCUUGCCAACUGUUUUUCUCUUAAAAAAUAUAUAAUCUUUAUAAAGAACAGUUCUGUAAAUUACAUAUUGCUACAUAGACUAUAAUUAGACAUUUUUAUUACUAAUUGUUGGAGGCUAUGAAUGCCUUUUUCCAACUAAACCAAACACAAUAGAAAUAUUCUUUUUCAAACACAACCAAACACAUGCUCAACAAUUUUAAAGUGAUUUAUUUAAUUAGAAUGAUGAGUGAAUUUUAAUGACAGUACAGUGUUGAUAACUCUGGAAGUGUCUGUUGGUUCAGGUGUUCCCAGGUGACUGUAGGCUUUAAGAAGUGGAUGAUUACUGAGUAAAGCUGUGAUUGAUGUGUGUGUGUGUGUGUGUAAACUGUUCCCCUGCAGACGCUGAUGAGGUUUACACAGAGGUGAUAUACACAGCUGAAUGAUGGACACUGAACAGGACUCGCUGCUUCUCUUCUGCACUAGAUUUAUCUAAAAUAGUUUUCACUUGUUCAUUUUAUCAAAAGAUCUUUACAAACGUUUAUAUCUUUUUAUUUGAUCAUGAUGGUGUCAUUUUGAAAUAUUUGUUAGAUAACUCCACUUCUCUCUAAAGCAGCUGUGGUUUUACAGAAUUAAAUUAUUACAUCAGCUACAGCACCAUCAUUCAUAUCCACAAAUAAAAAGUAUAAAUAAUCUUACAAAAGAUUGUAAUCUUUUCAUCUGUUUAGCAGUGUCUCUUGCAAUGACUAGCAAAAAACUAUUAAAGGUCAGCAAGAGAAAUGGGAAGAAAUGACCAACACAGCACACUUCCUGUCAGUAACCCAAAUCAUCUACAAGAACUCUGGGAUAUGUGCAGCUGUGAAAUAUUUCUAUCGCAAUAUCCGGUGUCACCCACAUGAGGACAGGUUCCUUUUUUUAGUCUAGAAUAAUAUUGAGCUAAAUAUGAUUUGCAUAAUGUUCCAGUAGGGGGUGUUCUUCAGCAUCUUAUAUAUCAGUGAGAGUGUGUGUGUGUGUGUGUGUGUGUGUGUGUGUGUGUGAGAGAGA